CAGCCUGCCCGACCUCACAGACCUGCUGCCAUCUGUCCUGCUCCUCUCUGAUCCUCACGCUUCCAGCAUCCUGCAACAUCUGGAUAACCUCACAUCCAUACGGGAAGGAGCACAGCAGUGGAGGAGAAUCAGACUUACAUUUGAUACUUUUUAUUUUUGAUAAAGUAGGAUCUAAGGAGGAGCAUCGACCACCAGGAAGCCGGAAAACUAGACCAAAGGAGGGGGGGAACUUUCUUCAACCUGCCUAGGUGGGCUCCAGACCUUUCCAUAUGUGUUUGGGAGAUUUUCCAACUUACCACGGAUUUGUUCUUUCUGAGGAGGAGGGAGGAAGAGGAGGCACCACCUUCAGCAGAGCUCAAGUCUUACAGGGGUUUAUGCUCCUGUCGCUGAGGAAGACUUUUUUUUAAUUCUCCCUCUUUCACUCCUGCCCUCAUCCGAGCAGCGGGGAGCCUGACGGAUACAGACGGGGGAACCAAACACUGCCAGGGCUCCCACACCUCCCUCUCCUUCUUUCACCCUCCGUCACUUUCCUCUCCUGUCCCGUUUUGAUGCCCUGUCUUCACCUCCACGGCCGCUUGUGAAUGUGAUGCACGCAGGAAGGCAGACUGGGAGCGGAGCAGCCAGACAGAAAGGCUUUUUUUGGGGGGGGAAAGAGACACACACACACUCACCGUCACGUUGUGAAGUCCUCCAGGAGAGUGUGUGGUUAUCAAAGGCUGCCUCGCAGACGCACACACUCUCACAGAGGGGCUGAUGAACUCGCUCUCCAGCUCGUGGUCUAAAUGUGGACUCCUACAGGUGCUGAGAGGGGAGAGAGAGGCAGGUGAGGAGCAGGUGGAGGUAAAACAGGGACGCUUUGAAGAAGGGAAGAGAAACAAUAAUGAUGGAGCAGCUUAAGUUGGAUGAGAGCAGAAAACACAGGCAGUAGGCUGCCAACAUGGGCAUUCCUCCUCGCCGUCCUUGGCCUCCAGUUUUCCUGCUCAUCCUGCUCGCCGCCUCGCUGCAUGCUAGGCCUCUGCUCGUCCACUCCUCCAUUAACGUGGCGGUGGUGUUCAGUGGCUCCAGCUACCAGAGCGAGGUCAGGGGUCGGCUUAGCGGGGAGAACUUCGUGGACCUGCCGGUGGUAGUCAGCCCGGUGACCGUGCUGGUCAACGACACCAACCCCCGGGACCUGCUGACGCACCUGUGUGACACCAUGGCAACCGAGAAGCUGCAUGGGGUGGUGUUUGAGGAUGAUGUGGGCUCAGGCUCAGAUGCUCAGGUGGCAGAAGUGGCACAAAUCUUGGACUUCCUCUCCACACAGACGGCUCUGCCAAUCGUGGGCAUUAGCGGCGGCUCUGCAGUUGUUAUUCCAUACAAGGCUGAGGGGUCCUCCUUCCUACAGAUGGGAGCUUCUCUGGAGCAGCAGGUCAUUUGCAUGUUCAAGAUCUUGGAGGAAUACGACUGGGCCGAGUUUGCAGUGAUCACCAGCUUGCUGCCGGGCUACGACACCUUCGUGGAGAUAGUCCAGUCGUACACAGACACGUCCUACUUUCUAUGGAAUCUGCAGGAUAUCAUGUCUCUGGAAAUGUCUGUUGGUGCCAAUGAUUUGAAGACCAAACGGAUGCUGCAGCAGUUGGACUCCCAGGUCCUGCUGGCGUACUGCUCCCAUGAGGAGGCGCAGUACCUGUUUGGUCUAGCAGGCGAGUUGGGUCUGCUGGGGCCCGGCUACAUCUGGAUACUCCCCAGCCUUGCUGUAGGCAACCCCAAUAGCCCCCCACCUGCCAGCUUCCCUGUGGGUGUGAUUGGUGUGAUCACGGACCAGUGGAGGAAGAGCUUGAGGCAGCGGGUGAGGGAGGGGGUUGCCAUUGUAGCUAAAGGGGCAGAAAGUUUCAAGAAGGUUCAUGGUUUCAUUCCUGAAGGACAUGGAGACUGCAGUAAACCAGCGAAACCAUCAGAUAACACCACGCUGUUCAGGCACAUGCUGAAUGUAACAUGGGAAAGAAAAGAGCUGUCGUUCAACAAUCAAGGGUUUCUUUCCAACCCCUCUAUGGUCAUCAUCGCAUUGGACCGGGAGAAACUGUGGGACAAGGUAGGCACAUUUGCUCGCGGCAUCCUUCAGGUUCGCUACCCCAUCUGGCCGCGCUAUGGCAGCUUCCUGGAGCACAUAUCUGAUGACCGCCAUUUGACGGUGGCCACCCUGGAGGAGCAUCCCUUCGUCAUGGUCGAGAACGUGGACCCAGGAACUGGCACGUGCGUCCGCAACACUGUGCCCUGCAGGCGCCAGGCCAAUCAUUCAGACAGCACUGUCCACUCGGAGUCCUACACCAAACUGUGCUGCAAAGGCUUCUGCAUAGACAUCCUGAAGAAGUUGUCCAAAACCAUUAAGUUCUCCUUUGACCUCUAUCUGGUCACCAACGGAAAACACGGCAAACUGGUGCACGGGAUUUGGAACGGGAUGAUUGGGGAGGUGUUUUACAGGCGCGCUGACAUGGCCAUCGGCUCCCUCACCAUCAACGAGGAACGCUCCGAAAUCAUUGACUUCUCUGUGCCAUUUGUGGAGACGGGCAUCAGCGUCAUGGUAGCUCGUAGCAACGGCACCGUAUCACCGUCUGCCUUUCUUGAGCCGUACAGUCCAGCAGUUUGGGUCAUGAUGUUUGUGAUGUGCCUGACCGUCGUGGCUGUGACUGUGUUUGUCUUUGAAUACUUCAGCCCAGUGGGCUACAACCGCAGCCUGGUGAGCGCCAAAGCUCCAGGUGGGCCGACGUUCACGAUUGGGAAAUCAGUGUGGCUGCUGUGGGGGAUCGUCUUCAACAACUCGGUCCCCAUUGAAAACCCCAAAGGAACCACCAGUAAAAUUAUGGUCCUAGUCUGGGCCUUCUUUGCUGUCAUCUUCCUGGCUUCUUACACGGCCAAUCUAGCUGCUUUCAUGAUACAGGAACAAUAUAUCGACACCGUGUCUGGCCUUUCCGACAAGAAGUUUCAGAAACCGCAGGAGCAUUAUCCUCCUUUUCGCUUCGGGACGGUUCCAAACGGGAGCACUGAGAGGAACAUCCGCAGCAACUAUCCUGACAUGCACACACACAUGAUGAAAUACAACCAGAAGGGAGUAGAAGAAGCUCUGGAGAGUCUCAAAACCGGGAAGCUUGAUGCCUUCAUCUACGAUGCUGCUGUUUUGAAUUACAUGGCCGGAAAAGACGAGGGCUGCAAGUUGGUUACCAUCGGCAGUGGGAAAGUGUUUGCCACCACAGGAUAUGGCAUCGCUCUGGAGAAAAACUCCCGCUGGAAACGGCCAAUUGACUUGGCUUUGCUUCAGUUUCUAGGAGACGGAGAUACGGAACGUCUGGAGACGGUCUGGCUUUCUGGAAUUUGCCAAAACGAGAAAAACGAAGUGAUGAGCAGCAAGUUGGACAUUGAUAACAUGGCAGGUGUCUUCUACAUGCUUCUGGUUGCUAUGGGCCUCAGCCUGCUCGUGUUUGCCUGGGAACAUCUGCUCUAUUGGAAACUACGCCACUCUCUCCACAAGUCUCAUAAACUGGACUUCCUGUUGGCUAUCAGCAGGGGUAUUUACAGUUGUUUUAAAGGAGUAGAAGAUCCUGGGCGUUCAUCUGGAUUGGCCAAACCUGACCUGACCUCCAACUAUGCUCAAGCAAACAUGCUAAAGAUGCUUCGCACCGCCAAAGACCUGGUCUCCACCGCUAAUGUUGAGAGCUCCCUGGACAACGCUACCAAGACAAUAGAGCAGUUGACCCGUCAUGGAGGAAGUAUGCCUGUUCGCGUUCCACAAGUCACCACUGAGUCUGUGCCGGGAGGCUUUGCUUAUGUUGCUGAAAAUCACUGUCCCAUUCCUCAAGGGUCCCUUACUCCACCUCUAACUUGCGUUACCUCUCUGAAACAACACAGGGGUGUAACUAGGCCAACACCACUGCGCUACACACUUCCAACUCGUUCAACAUCAUGUCUAUAUGAGAGACCGCUUCCUGUGUCAAGCUUGAGUACGCCCCAUCUUGCCCUAGGGGAGUCGCUCCCUCAUCAGCACCCACACCACUACCAGACUACAGGGAGGGUCUAUGUAGACUCUCAUUGUCACUCCCCUUUCAUUGCCUACUCUGAUCUCCAGCUGCCUGACAUUUACACAUCUCACCCACUUGCCUCAUCUCAAAACCAACAUGUCCAAAUGGGCUUCUCCCAACCGAAAAGGAGGGCCAGGAGUUUUCAAUGUGACAAUGAGGAUGUAGAAAGAAGAACCCAUGGGGAUCAGGGAAAGAUUGACAAAAGUACUAUCAGUCUGACUGAACUUAAAGCCAAUCACCUCCAGGAGAACCAUAUCUCUAACCCAAGCGUUGACAAUGUUUACUCAGGAGAGGGGAUAUGUCCCCGGGUGGAGAAUUACAGCUCUUGGCCUCCAGAAGACCUUGCGCAGAGAGGGAGGCGGAGACACCGGCGCCCCUCAUUUCUUAAAGCAACUUGGGGCAAUGACCAAAUUCGUCAGUUUGACGAAUCGCAGUCUUCUCUAUCCAGCCAAUCACCUUCAACCUUGCCCGACCUGUUUCCUUACAAUGUUACUCCUACAUCUGCCAAGCCUUAUAAUCCCGUCCAUGUUCGAAACAACCUGUGCCUCCCAAGGAACCAGGCCUACCUCCACAUAAGGGAGGACCAGAGGAGGCCGAAUGGACGCAAGGGCCAGAGACUGCGCUAUUCCCAAUCCACCCACCUCCCCACAUAUGGAGAAGCAGUGCGGAAUGGUAAUGGAUUAGGGCGGGGUAUGGUGCGCAGAGCAACAAGCUUGCUCAGUCGACAGUACUCGCACUAUCUGAACUCAUACCCUGGCCUCCCAAUCUACCACAGCCCACUGGAUCUCCAGCACCACAGCCAUAGUUCCAGUCCGGUGUGUCAGUUGUUGGCCUGUGGUGGUGGGCGAUGUGGGGGUCAGCGAAGCUUGCUGCAUCAAGACAAUGUGUAUGGAGCUUAUGGGGUCUAUCAGGCAACCCAGGCUGGCUCAGAGGGCCAGGUGGGGCAAGGUGGAGCAGGCCAACCUGUUGGGAGUCCUUGCGUACUUCGGCCUUGGCGACGUGUUUCCAGUCUAGAAUCUGAAGUCUGACUGGAAACCUUGAAAGACAGAAACUGUAGAGAGACCAGAAGUCAAGAAUAAUACAUGUAACAACUUCAGAGAGUUUUCUGUUGUUAGAUUUGGAGUUAUAUUGAUUUUAAUGGUGUCUUUGUGUGGUAAAGAAUUGUAAUUUGGGUCAGACACUAGAAACAGACUGCACUUUUAACACUCUUUCAUUGAUAAAGUUGAGGUCCAUGUUACCGGCACAGCGUUAACCAGUGAUUUAAGGCUGUAUUUGUGUUGAACAGUUUCUCUGUUGACGGCUGGAGUUUAAGUAUAACUGUUCAGUAGACAAACUGUUUACAUCUUGAAAGAAAGGUUGGAUAAGCAGCCAUCAUUGGUUUGCCAGACAUUCAAAAACAGUUGUUAAGUAGAUGCAAAGUGAUUAUUUCUAACAUGAUGUAAUCAGUUCGUAACGAUGAGUCCCAGGAAGCAGACGCUUUGUGAAAGCAGUCCAUAUCUGUGCAGUCUGCAAAAAGGAUUGCGCCUUUAGAAGCAUUGACCAGCACUAGGUGUCUUAAACCAUCAUCCUCACCGUAUUGUGAGAGGCUGCAGCAGCACACAGGCCUCACUUUGAAUAAAUAUGUAUUCUAAGUACUAUAAACUAAUAGUCGAAUGUGUUAUUUGAGGCUGGUUAUUGUUAUAUUCAUGUAUUCUACAUAUAAUAGGAGUUUAUAAUCAUUCUUUUUUUCUAAAUACAUCUCUGGCACUUUCAUUUUUUUCUGUUUAAACUGCUGUCAGAUUAUGAACACUUUUGGUACUAUUUUAUUAUCAUCAUCAGUUAGCAGAUGAUCUCUUUCCAUUUUUCAACUCUUUUAUAUUCUGUCCUCAUCCCCCUUUUUACCACCCCCUUCAAGAUGUUUAAUUAUCUAAAUAAAUGAGGUAAGUGACAACUAUUAUAGUAUCUAUAUACCAGGCUCCUACACCCUGUAAUUAAUCCCAAACAACAAUUAAAGAGUCUUUUUGGAUGAACAUAAA